AUGAAGAGGCUAUUUUUAGAUGGAGAUUAAACAAAUUAAUAAAAUGAAGUUACAUUAUUAGAAUCUUUAAAUCAUCCUAAUAUUAUUAAAUAUUAUGAAUCAUUUGAACAUAAUAAUAAGUUAUGUAUAGUUAUGGAAUAUGCAGAUAAUGGUGAUUUGAAAUAAUAAAUAAAAGAAAAAAUAGAAAAAAAUGAACUAUUUGAAGAGGAUUUAAUUUGGAAUUGGUUUUCUUAAUUAUGUUCAGCAAUUAAAUAUUUACAUGAUAGAAAAAUAUUACAUAGAGAUAUAAAAAUAAAUAAUGUUUUUUUAAGUUAAGAUGGAUUAUUAAAAUUAGGAGACUUUGGCAUUUCUAAAUAAAUUGAAAACACUGAAUUAUUAACUAGUACUUCUGUAGGGACACCUUAUUAUAUAUCACCUGAGAUAUGCUAAAAUAAUCCAUAUAAUAAUAAAAGUGAUAUAUGGAUGAUGGGAUGUUUACUGUAUGAACUAUGUACACUUUAAAAACCUUUUGCUGGUGACUCCUUAAACGCAGUUAUUGUAAAGAUUAUAAAUAAAGAACCUUAACAUAUAUCAGACAUUUAUUCUAAAUAAUUGAAGAACUUAAUUGUAAUCAUGUUAAAUAAAAAUCCUCAUACCAAAACAAAAACUUUAAACGAAGAAAAAAUAAAUAAACAUGAAAACUUAUAAAAUAAUCUAAACAUGAAUUUUAUAAAUAAAUCUCAUAAAGAUAUUAUUGAAUAAAAUUCAAUUUAAUAUUUAGUGAAACAAGAGUUAGAAAGAAAAUAAAUUUAAUAAAACCAAAUAAUUUAAGAGUAAGAUCAACUAUAUAGCAAAAACGAAAAAAACAAUAAAACAAUAGAUAAAAAAAUAUACACAUUAAAAAUACAUUUUUAUAAGAAUAGUAAAAUACAUAAUAAUAAAAUAUUUUAUAAAAUGAAUAACAACAACAACAACAACAACAACAACAAUAAUAAUAAUAAUAAUAAUAAUAAUAAUAAUAAUAAUAAUAAUAAUAAUAAUAAUACAUAAACCCAUAUCUUAAUUUAAAAUCAAGCCUUAUCCCAAACUCAAACUUAAAUAUAAACCUAAACUCAAACCCAAACCCAAACUCAAUCAAAUUCUCGAAAAUUAUUUUCGAAAAUUCCUCUUGCUAAAGUGUAAUUAAGAAAUAUUCAUAAUGCGAUUCAAACAAUUUUAUAACUGUAGGCGUUUAGGACAAUAAAAAAAAUUGGUCUUCAACUAAAAACAAUACAAAUACAACUAAUAUAAUAAAUUUGA